AUGAAGCAUAGAUACCCUGAGCAAAUUAAUGAUCCACCUUCUCUUUUACGAGGACAAUUACGUGUCGCUGUUGUUGAGGCGGUACCCUACUGGCAAACUCCGCCUGCGCGUGUUGUUGAAGUAGCGCGAACAUCGGAGGUACUCAGGUACAUCGGCCGCGACUGGGAUUGGUCAUGUAUUAUAGGUAGCUCUAAGACCGGAUACGAAGGCGAGGCUUAG